GUACUCUUCUACGGUCAUCACUACACUUCAGUUUUCAGUUUUCAGUUUUCGCAGUUGAGUGUGUUCACACUUCACAUGCACAACAUCACGAUACUCUUCUUCGGUUGCUUUAAGAUUCUUCAACAACAAUCAAAAUCAAGGUGUGUGCGCGCUCAUAGGGUGUGUUUAAACUAGUUUGCUGCGAGAAAUUCUUUAUUGCCAAAAGAUCCUAGAAGUUGAAUUUGAUAUGGCCGCCCUCGAGGAGCUGAAGAAGAAGCUUACUCCGCUUUUUGAUGCUGAGAAAGGCUUCUCGCCUAAUAAUACUCUUGAAUGUAGUGAUUCUGACUUGCUGUCAAAUAGCGGUACCAUUAAUCUGUUGAGUAGGUCAUAUGGCAUGUACAAUUUCAACGAGUCAGGAUUGCAAAAAUGCACUUCAUCCCCUGUCGAUGAAAAUAGUCCAAGCGAAAAAACAUAUCGAAUUGCAUCACGUGAGAUGAGGGUAUUUGGAGCUAUUGGCAGUGGUGCAAGUAGUAUUGUUCAAAGAGCUGUCCACAUACCCACUCACAGAAUCAUAGCCUUGAAGAAGAUUAAUAUUUUUGAGAAGGAGAAACGACAACAGCUUUUGACCGAGAUAAGAACACUUUGUGAGGCACCUUGCAAUGAAGGUCUUGUAGAAUUUUAUGGGGCAUUUUAUAUUCCCGACUCUGGACAAAUAAGUAUUGCUUUGGAGUAUAUGGAUGGUGGAUCACUUGCAGAUAUAAUACGAGUUCAGAAGUGUUUACCAGAAUCUAUUCUCUCUGCCAUAGUCAGAAAGCUUCUGCUGGGAUUAAGCUACUUGCAUGGAGUUCGACACUUGGUACAUAGAGAUAUAAAGCCAGCAAAUUUGCUUAUUAAUCUUAAGGGAGAACCAAAGAUAACAGAUUUUGGUAUAAGUGCUGGAUUGGAGAACUCAGUGGCGAUGUGUGCAACCUUCAUUGGAACUGUUACAUAUAUGUCUCCCGAGAGAAUCCGUAACGAAUCAUAUUCAUAUCCUGCUGAUAUUUGGAGCCUUGGCCUGGCACUUUUUGAGUGUGGCACAGGAGAGUUUCCAUACACUGCGAAUGAUGGACCUGUUAAUCUUAUGCUUCAGAUCUUGGAUGAUCCUUCUCCCUCACCAUCCAAGCAAAAGUUUUCGUCAGAGUUCUGCUCGUUUAUUGAUGCUUGUCUACUAAAAGAUGCAGAGGCAAGGCCCACAGCUGAACAGCUUCUGUCACACCCAUUUAUCACCAAGUACCAGGAUUCUCGAGUUAACUUAGGAGCUUUCGUCCAAAGUGUUUUUGAUCCUGUACAAAGGUUGAAGGAUUUGGCUGAUAUGCUUACUAUUCACUAUUACUUGCUCUUUGAUGGAUCUGACGAUGAAGAGUGGCAGCAUAUGAAGUCUAUCUACAACGAAAAAUCUGUUUUCAGCUUUUCUGGGAAGCAAUAUAAAGGCCCAAAUGACAUCUUCUCUAAUUUAUCGGAUAUUCGAAGAAAAUUAGCCGGAAAAUGGCCUCCAGAAAAGCUGAUUCAUGUUGUUGAGAAACUGCAAUGUCGUGCUCAUGGUGAAGGUGGUGUUGCAAUCCGUGUAUCCGGUUCUUUUAUCGUAGGGAACCAAUUCAUUAUUUGUGGUGAUGGAAUGCAAGUCGAAGGCUUGCCAAAUUUCAGAGAUCUCGACAUCAAUAUCGCAGACAAGCGAAUGGGAACGUUUAAGGAGCAAUUUGUCAUCGAAGCAAGUGAUGCCAUCGGAUGUUACCAAAUAGUUGAUCAAGAACUUUACAUUAUGUCUCCGAACACUUAGGAUUUUCGUACUAGCCCGUGUUUUUCCUGCUCUAACUUCUAACCCUUUAGUUUGAGUGUUUGAUGAGCCGCCAUUCUAAUUUGUGAUCAUAUUCUAACGAUAUUUAUCUAAUUUGUACAGUAGUAAUAGGAUUAUUAGUUGCUUAUGUUUCCAACAAUUACAUGUUGUAAUUGUUUUUUUAGUUACCGAAUAAUGAAUAUAUUCUAAUAUAUAGUAUUUUUAUUUCCACUUCAUUCCAAAAUCAAUAUUAAUUUCAGCAUCAUUUACACAGUUUCACUCUUGUAUGUUCAUUCAUCUGCAUUGAUUCUUUAGUUGAUGGCAAAGAGUGGAAUUUAGAACGGAUUUUGUGCACCUCUGACUUUCCUCGUAUAAAAUCAGAUUUUUUUUCAAAAUCAACUUAGAUUCGGAUUUAUGUGCUUCCACUUCGCUUUAUCUUGAACUCUUUAAUCUCUGUAAAAUUAUAUUGUUU